GGAACAGGCACAGGAGAUCAGGAGGAGAGGAGCUGCAAGCCUUCAAUGAAACCACUUUAACCCUUCCACAGCAGACCGAGGACACUUCUAGGGAUGGUUCCUGAGGCCCUGCUGCACAUUGCUGCUUAGAAGAAACUGCCUUAUGCAGCCAAUGCCCCUUAUUGCCCCUUCUGCCUCAGUGUAAAUGCCAAUGCCUACACUAGGCAGCCCUCCUACUCCUCCCUGUGUGAUGCAUUUCAGGAGACCAAGGAUCCCUCAUCUAUCAUGGGAAAUAAGCAAACUAUAUUUACUGAUGAACAGUUAGAUGCCUACCAGGACUGCACUUUUUUCACACGCAAAGAGAUCCUCCGGUUACACGGAAGGUUCUAUGAACUGGCUCCUAGUAUGGUUCCAAUGGAUUAUACAGAUGACCCGGAUGUCAAACUACCCAUGCAACUUAUCAUUAAUAUGCCUGAACUGAUGGAAAAUCCUUUCAGGGAGAGAAUUGUGCAGUCUUUUUCUGAAGAUGGGGAAGGGAACCUUAGCUUCAAUGACUUUGUGGAUAUGUUCUCUGUGAUGAGCGAGAUGGCUCCCCGUGAGCUGAAAGCAAUCUAUGCCUUUAAGAUCUAUGAUUUCAAUACAGAUAACUUUAUUUGUAAAUCUGAUCUGGAGAAAACUCUCAAUAAGCUGACACGAGAAGAACUUGAAGAGGAAGAGGUGACACUGGUCUGUGAAAAGGUUAUCGAGGAGGCAGAUAUGGAUGGUGAUGGAAAACUGGCAUUUGCAGACUUUGAGAAUAUGAUCUCCAAAGCACCAGAUUUUCUCAGUACCUUUCAUAUAAGAAUAUGAAUAUGUUAUGAUUAAAUGGAAUCAAUGGAUCUCAGGCAUCCACAGGACCCAGGCUCUCUAAACUGCAAAAAAUAUCAUGGCUGUCUUUUCACAGGAAGCCAGUGUCACAACAGGAAGUUCAGUCUUCUUAAAAAUUGAAUGAUGAAUUUGCCUGCAUUUUUUGUAUUGUGGAACUUUUGUUAUUGUUAAAGCAAAAAAGCAACAAAAAAAAUAAAGGAUUUUGUAGAGAAUGUCACUACUCCAGAAAAAGGAUGAAAGCUGACUAUGCGGGGCCUUAAGACACGGAUGUUCAUACAGAACUGCAUAAUAUAUUACAUAAACCAUCCACCUGUUCAACAUUAUUUUAAUGACUAUUUUAUACUCCUGUUAGUUUAAAUAUAUACAUCUACUCUCAAUUACAUGGAAUACAAAGGGCUUAUACCUGGUGGAGAAAAGAACUGUGAUGAAGAUUACAACAAAAUGCCACUUUGAAGUGUCAUUGACUGGCAUUCAUGAUGUCUCAGGAAUGGUAGAGGAUAGAGGUACGCUACUAAAGAAUGUAUUGCUAGAGAAAAAGAGUGGAAAAAAGUAAUAAACAUUGUUAAUAUAGAGAUAUAAUGGGGCUAAACAACAUUAUAUUUUGUGAAAUUAGAACCUGGGGAGAUAUGGUGGCCUAAUGUAGUCACUUAUAUGUAAUGAAAACCAGUAUUGAAUACCCUGAAGACUCCAUUGGUGUUCCCAACAAUUUCAGAUAUCCUCUGUCUGUCAAAAUGCAGUGAAUGGAUAUUUCCAAGUGGACGCAUGAACUUGCUUUUAGUUUUUAGUAAAAAAAUUCACGGAGCUUCAUUCUAUGACGGAAGAAAGGACAUUUAUAAGGGCUAGCUUGACAGCAAGGACAGUUCUUCUAAUCCAUGCAGUCUAUGAAAAUGGAAGGUCACAAAAUAACAAAGGCCUCUUCAGUGACAAAUCGGUGAACUUCUAAUGAACAUUGCUGGAUGUGGGAGCCGUACGUAGAGGUAUUAGGGAUUCUCCUGGAGUUAACAUGGUGCCUUUUAUAAUCAUUGUGAGUUUCCGUGCAUUUAAAGCAAUGGAUAACAUUUGUUUCUUUGUUCUGAAAAGAAUUGUAUUCACUUAAAUACAUGAAAUAUGACUUGUAAGUAAAGAAAAAUCUGU